UCUAGUGUUUUCUUGGGGUGGUCCAAUGGGCCAAAUGGACUACAGAGAGUGUUACGUGUCUUACAGUCAAACGUGUUUGUGGAAAUAGCUGGAAAGAUUGCCUCCUGUGGUUGGAAUUUGGGGCAUAGCGAAAUUUCUAAGUUUGGUGUAGAGAAGAUGAAAUGCCUGAUGUGGCAUUUGAGAUAAAAUCUCAAGAGCACGUUUUGUGACUUGUCAGUGUAUAAAGGCUCAGAAGUGGGUGUACUACCAAGCUUUGUUGGCCUAAACAAUGGCUUGUGUGUGUUGUGAAUCGGUAGUUAUUUUCUUGUUGCUGGCUCUGGGCUUCUCUGGUGUUGUCUGCAAUGGAGGAGAUUCAGCUCUGAGUGAGAGGUCCUCAAGGAGUUUGUUGCAGAAUGGACUGGGUAUGACCCCUCCAAUGGGAUGGAAUAGUUGGAACCACUUUCAAUGUGAUAUCAAUGAAAACAUCAUUAAGGAAACUGCUGAUGCAUUGGUUUCAACUGGCUUCAAGGAUCUUGGAUAUGAGUAUGUGAAUAUAGAUGAUUGCUGGGGGGAGUUCAAGCGAGCUGAAAAUGGAAAAUUGGUUCCAAAUGCUUCAACAUUCCCAUCUGGCAUCAAGGCGCUUGCAGACUAUGUUCACAGCAAAGGUCUCAAAUUGGGGAUAUAUUCAGAUGCUGGAUACUAUACUUGUGCCAAGGCACAACCAGGUUCCUUAGGAUAUGAACAAUUAGAUGCAGAUACUUUUGCCGAAUGGGAAGUGGACUAUCUCAAAUAUGACAACUGCAACACGGAUGGCAGUAAGCCAGAAGCUCGAUACCCAAUAAUGAGAGAUGCACUUCUCAAAACAGGGCGUCCGAUAUUUUACUCUCUGUGUGAAUGGGGAGUAGACCAACCUGCUACAUGGGGCGGGAAAGUUGGAAAUAGCUGGAGGACAACAAAAGACAUUAACAACACUUGGGAUAGCAUAUCUUCUCGAGCAGAUCUGAACAACAGAUGGGCAGACUAUGCAGGACCAGGAGGAUGGAAUGAUCCUGACAUGUUGGAGGUAGGAAAUGGUAACGUGAGCAGAGAAGAAUACCGUUCACAUUUCAGUCUCUGGGCCCUAAUGAAGGCACCAUUGCUGAUUGGAUGUGAUGUGAGAUCUAUGAGUUCAGGGACAAGAGACAUUCUUGGCAAUGCAGAGGUGAUCGCAGUCAAUCAAGACCCAUUGGGAGUACAAGGGAAAAAAGUGACCAAAUAUAAACAGCUUGAGGUGUGGGCAGGGCCUUUAUCCGACAAUCGUGUGGCUGUAAUCCUAUGGAACAGAAGUGAGACAAGAGCUAUGAUCACAGCCUUAUGGGAGAAGAUUGGUCUCGACCCCGAAGAAGAAGUUAAAGUCAGGAACUUAUGGAAGCAUAGAACUGAGGCAGGGACCCACAAAGGCAAGCUGACAGCAUCAGUGAAACCACAUGCUGUUAAAAUGUAUAUUUUAACAAAAAUUCAUCAGUAAAUCAUUACUAAUGAGAUUUUUCCCAAUACAAGUUGAACCCAUAACUGGUAGGUUCAUCUUGAUUGUUCAUAACGGUUGGUUCAUUUUGGGAAAAUAUGUGAGAUUCCCCUGGCAAAUAAUAUCAUUAUUGGAAUAAAGUUGUUUGGCAUUCUUUGGAUCUAUUUGAUCCUCUGGCUUAAGGUUGAAAAGCUUAUGAAUUAUGUACAAACAUUUUCAUGAUCAUUGCAUUUAUAAUAAAAUGCAUGAAAAGCAAUGAGAUGAAGUGUUACAAUGAAA